GUUGCCUCGACCAGCGCGCGCAGCCACCACUGACCAAGGAGGGGGAGGGAGAAAAGGAAGCCGACUCGCCGAGGCAAGUUUUGUUUGAGACAAGGAGUGACUCGGAAGGCGGCGUUGUGCUGCUGGUGCCUUAUCUAACAAAUAUUCGCUGAUCAGGACGGUGACAUGGGCCGUGGCUGCCUCUAUGUGUUUUGUGUGGGCUGAUGGAAGCUUAGUGUCUGGCUUGGAGGACCGGAAGCUUCUGCUACUGACGGCCAACAACACUGUAAUAUUGAAAAUUUGGUAACAGCACCGAAUCGCCGCCUGUCAACACAGCACAGCUGACUCGGCUGAGGCCACGGGGACAGAGCACAGGCAGCUGCGGCCUGUGUGAACACUGGUGCCUGUCACUGUACCUGCUCUGCUUCACUGUCCGGGCGUCAAUCUCUAGUCCUGUAGCUCAAGGGGUGUCAGGGUGGAGGCAGUGCGGCGUGUCAGUGUCAGAGGAGAUCCACAAUGCCACAGCCACAGGAAGUAUUAGCCUGCCUCCAGGUGUUGCUGUUCACCUGUGUGUUCUUGAAGGCUGCCAAACCACACCUUGUCAACCCUCUGAGACAUGCGACCUAUCUGCGGAGACAGAGGCUGGCCAGGUGCAGGUUGAGAGUGCGGAGGGUGUCUGUGAAGGCCCUUUUGGGGAGAGCACCUCAGGGCCUUCACUGUGAACUGGACCUGAAUGCCAUUGCUAUUGUGAGUGAGAGAACUGGUUUGAACCUUGAGCUGAGGAAUGGUCAGUGGCAGAGAGUUUUAUUCUUCCAGGACAGUCACUCCAUUACAAAACAGAUGUGUGGUUUUUCCCUCUCAAAUCCUGGAGGAAGGUGGAUUCAGGUGGUGGUGAGUCCUGGUGUGGAGGAUAAUCUUUGCCUGGUGUCUCCUGUACUCCACCACAACCUGCUGGGUGCUGGCAGUGAUGUGGAUAAAGGAAUUAGUGUGGAUUUUGUGGAUUGCUACACAGGUGUUCCAUCAGAGGUGGUGAAGAAGGUCCUUGCUUUGUGGAAUGAAGUGCAAGGGGUUGACAUGAAUAAGAUGGAGAAUGUCAUUCCCUCCCUUCCCAACACAGCGUCAGAGGUGCAUGUCAAGGUCAUAGAGUCGGCACAGUAUAAAUGUAAUGAUGAAGUGGAGUCCUUACUUAUAGAUUACUUCAGAGUCCGCAGAAUUGUAUCGCUGGGUGACACUCUGGUCCUCCCUGUACCGAGCCAUCUUGCCCAUGAGUUGACACCAAGUAAUGCCAUUGUUCCCCCAAAGAAUAUUUACGUAAAGGUGAUCAGAGUCAUUGGAAGGUCUGGAGCAGAGACGAAGCACUGUGUUCAUGUAGCUGUCGGCAGCACAAACCUCUACCUUGCUGGCACCACACCGUCUGCCUUUCCAUCGUACACUGAGAGUUUCAACAGUGAUGAGAUAGAUGUCCCUCCUUUACUGAGAGAAGCGUACUGUAGACUGCGGAAAAUAAUGAGGAUGGUGUUGCAGGACAAAAACCACAAAAAAGGUCUAGUUUCCAGUGACAGAAAUACCUCAGCAUCAAUAACUAAUAAGAGAACAAAUAUCAAAAGUACAAAAACCUCAAGUAAACCAGAAGACAAGACAGCAAACCACAUCAAGAGUGUCACUGUGUUGGUUCUCAGUCCACCAGGGCAAGGCAGUGAGCAGGUGGUGAAGUUGGCUGCCUCUGCUGUGGGUCUGGGUGUGGUGUGGGUGAACUGCUGGCAGGUGCACGGGGACACUAGUGGCGCCACCGAGGCAAAGCUGCGGCAGGUGUUUGUACGAGCAUUGUCCCUCGGCCCCUGUGUCCUCGUGCUGCAGGAUGUCCACUGUUUAGCAAAGGACCGUGAUGGUGAAGAGGAUGCACGGGUGGUUGCAGCGCUGAGGGAGGAGGCGGCAAAGCUGUGCAGUGAGGAGCCAUCCGUGGUGCUCGUGUCCACCGCCCCCAGCCGUGACGCACUCUCUGAUGACCUGUGGAGUGUGUGGAGCUACCAUGAGGGUGUGGGAGAGGCGGAUCUUAGUCAACGCAGUGAUAUGCUCAAGUGGCUCUUACCUCCAUGGGUCUCAGCACACCAGAACCUCACCCUAGCUCAGCGCACGGCUGGCUUCAUGCUGGGAGACUUCAUAGCACUGGUCAAUGCUGCCAACAGACGCUGCCUGCUACGAGAGGCUGCUGAGGGGGCUGAGGAGCAGUCUGGCAGCGAGGGUGUUAGGCAGCAGGGCUCAUCACCACACCUACAGUGUUGUGACCUCCUGCAGGCACUGGAUGAGCUGCAAGGGAGUCGCAGUGAGGCUCUGGGGGCGCCACACAUCCCGCAGGUCCAUUGGGGGGAGGUAGGGGGCUUGGAGGGGGCCAAGCGGCAGAUCAUCAACACCAUACAGCUGCCCCUCCGCUACCCCUCCCUCGUGGCCAGCAAGAUGAGGCACUCGGGUGUGCUGCUGUAUGGCCCACCCGGCACUGGCAAGACCCUGCUGGCCAAGGCUGUGGCAACAGAGUGUGGCUUGAACUUCCUCUCGGUGAAGGGCCCAGAGCUGCUCAACAUGUACGUGGGCCAGAGUGAGGAGAACGUCAGGCAAGUGUUCCGGCGGGCAAACGCAGCUGCCCCUUGUGUGGUGUUCUUCGAUGAGCUGGACUCCCUUGCCCCAAACCGUGGCCACUCGGGCGACUCUGGUGGCGUCAUGGACCGGAUUGUGUCUGCUCUCCUGGCUGAGCUGGAUGGGGUAGCGGAUGCAGCUGAUGUCUUCGUGCUGGCCGCCACCAACAGACCUGACCUGCUGGACCCUGCAUUGCUGCGGCCUGGCAGGUUUGAGAAGCUGGUGUUUGUGGGCGUGUGUGAGGAUCAUGAGGGGCAGGUGAAGAUCCUGAGGGCCGUGUCAUCCAAAAUACCUCUCAGUCCAUCCACCUCACUGGAGAGAGUGGCCAGCCUGCUGCCACUCAGCCUGACAGGAGCCGACAUGUAUGCCCUAGUGACUGAUGCCCUCUACACAGCCCUGCACCGCUGCAUCAGUGCGGUGCGGGCCGGCCACCUGCAGGAGGAGGAGGCAGAGGUGCUGGUCACGGAGGAGGAUUUGCAGAAGGCAGCCAAGAACCUGGUGCCAUCAGUCAGUGCCAGGGAGCUGGCCCACUACCACUCCCUCAACACUGUACACAGGUGACACCGCUCGUGCUGUGUUGCCCUGUCGUUCAUUGUGCACAUAGUGAGAGUGUGUGUGUGCAUGUGUGUAUAUUUAAAUGUCUCUGGAGGAGGAGCUGGAACCAUGAAGAGGACUGAAUAUCAAAACACUCCAGGAUGUGUUCCGUGGCAUAGAUCACAGCUUGAAAGUCCUUAAGAAAUAUAAUACAAAGUCCAAACUCUGCCAGGCGUGUAACAGCUGUUUAUGUGAUAGAUAUAACCAUUAAAGUGUUUUGAGAAAUGUAUGAUUCACAAAGAAGGGAGGCAAGAUGCCUCACAGCUCACCAUCUCCAUCUUCUGCAAGCCUUCCACCAGCCCAGUCAGCCUUGCUGCUAACCCAGAUACUCCAGCUCACACCCCUGCUGCCAGUCCAGACUUGGCCAUGCUGGGCUAUCAGCCUCUGUUGCUGCAUUCCUUCCUUUUCUGGCUUUACCUCUUCUGUCUAUCCUUUGAAACCCUUCUUCCAUGGUGGAGCCCUUCCUCAUGGCAGGUGAUAAGGGUGAUGAAUGAGCACACAACGGCCCUGGGUGUCCCUUAGCCUCUGUAGGGGCAUCAGGGCAAGGGGUCUGCUAGCCCUCCAGCCUUGAUGGGGAACUUAUACUACAAUCAAUACCACAGGGAGAGAACUAACCCAUUGGUGUAUCAGGGAGCAGCUGUGUGUGUGAUGCAAAUAUGUACAAAACUUAUGAAUGUAGCUACAUGAAAUAUAGAUAAGUUGGCACAUAUUCACAUUGAUUGUAGGAAGUGGUGACCUGACACGCAUCCCCUAUAGAGGUCAGGAAUUGUUUUAAACUGUAAAAGCUAAAUAUCAAAUUAUAUAUGUAAUUGAUUAAUAUAUUUAGCUAUUCACUAGGCUCAUGUCCACUUACCUGGUAUGGGAGGAGAUGCAGCUCCACAACCCUGACAAUGCCCACCUCAUACCCAGAGAGACCUAGCUUUGCCCACACACACACCAGAGGAAGAGGCAACCUGGCAUCUCAAGACCUCAACCAGAAUAGCCAAGACCAAGAUAGGAAUGAGAGGGUGAGGAGGGAUGGAGGUUGGUAUUAUGUUUGACUUGUGAUAGAGACAGGUUAUGUAAUAGAACUUGACAGGGACAGGAUAUAUUGUAGGAGUUUGAUGGAGACUGAACAUGUUGUAGGACUUGCAUUAAAGACAGGAUAUAUUGUAGGAUGUAGUAAGUGAAGCUAAGAGAAUGCUGAAAACUGUAAUAAAAAAAAAAAUAAUAAUAAGCAGUUUGUCAUUGCAGUAUAUACAUGCUGAAAAUAGACAAUGGGAAGCUUCUUUUUUACCUUUUUUUUUUUUUUUUUUUUUUUUACCAUGUGGGGUUUGCACAGGAAUUUAUAGGCUAAAGGAGGUACUUUUUGUGAUACCUCCUAUCUCAAAGCCCAUCCACUAGAAAACUGUUGCCCCAAGUGAGGAAGCCCAACCUACACUCAGACCGUGGACAGGAUUUGAACCCAUGCACUUGGAAACCCCUCGGACCCCAAAGUAUGCAUGGUUCCACUGUACCACGGAGGCCCCAUGGUGGUGGCUUGAUACUAUACUUAAUGAAUCUAUUUUAUUGGUCAAUUGCUCAUACCAUAGACGGAAUCAUUCUAAGGCAGUAUUGAUCUGUGUUUGGGAUGGUGUGAUGAAGCUUAAUGGGUUGUGAUCAGAUGAGCCUGAGUAACAUUAAAACCAAGUUCAUGUUUUGUGGUUCAGAAUUCAGGAACGGUUUAUCAGCUGUGUGUAUUGUUUCUCUGAUUACUACUAAUGUUUUGUUUUUUGGUUAUAUGGGAAAUCUGUUAUGAAAUAUUUGUUGUGUGUGUAAUGUUGUGGUUCUUUUGGUAGUGUGUUGUCAGAGAUUUGUCAUUGUGUGUCAUUGAUGAAGAUUCCUGCAGCUCUUUGUAUUGUGGAGUCAGUCUGUCAGGUGGUGGUUGUGUCAGGUGGCGAUUGUCAGGUGUUAAUUGUCAGGUGGUGCUUGUGUAAGUGGUAAUUGUGUACUGCUCCUCAAGGGGACAUCAAGGCAGCUCUAGAGAUUGAUGUAAAGGGAAGCCAUGAGAUGGAAAGGCAAAAAAAAAGAAAACCACAUCAUUAAGUGCUGACAUCAAGGCAAGACUCCUUCCACUAAGCUGAAUUGAAUUGAUUCUAGAAUGUUUAUGGUGACAGGAUGUUCAUGUCACCAAGCAGGCCAAGGUGAUGAUGAGGGCCAGCUGUGAUAGCUUAAUGUGGUGACAUAUUGGUGCAUGCCAUUCAAAGUAAUUGGUGUUUCCUCUUACCUCAGGUUUAAGACUGUUCAUUAAUACUGAGUAGAAGACCAUAGUGUUGUAUAGGGACUUGAUGCUCCUGAUGUGAAAAUUGUUGUCUUCUCACAAUGACUGGGGAAGCUGAAAAGUUAUGGAUUUUGUCUUAAGUUUCAUAAAUACCUAAAGUUUGUAAUAAAAAUAUGAAGUCACUUGUAAUCAUUUAUUGCCGUGUGGAAGUUUGUCUUGAUGUGCAUUGUGGUGGCCCUGGUGGCAUAAUGGCCAGCCUUCACAGCUAGCAAGCCAGAGGUCCCAGGUUUGUAUCCCUCCUUGUCAGACUGUGUGUGUGUCCUCUCACAGUGUAGCACCAGUUCACCUUGUUCAUCUGUAUAGGAUUGUAAACACUCCCUGCCUG